AUGGCGGCAGUAGACAAAGGUUUCGCGUGGACAGUGGCGGUCGACGGGACGGCCUGCGUCGGGAAGUCUACAUUGCUGUCUCGGAUGAAGGAGGAAGGAUUCGCCGUGGUCGUGGGAGACUACGCGGAGGAUUGCGGGAGGUACCCGCUAUUCCGGGGCAAGGCCCAGGACAAAUUCCUGGAAUUGGCGUAUUUUAGUUAUCAGUGGGGGAAGCUGCAGCCGAACCACGUCCACGACCGGGGUCCGCUCAGUGCCUUGGCGUACGCGCUCAUCGUGGACGUCAUGGCCGGUGAGCGUACCCUGGAGGAGGCCCGGAGGGUCAUCCGGGAAACGCCGGCGGGUGUCUGGGCCCCCCUGUCCGGGAUCCGGACCAUUAUCUUGUUGGAGGACGACGCGGAGGAGGCCGUCGCGCGGAUGCGACGGCGCGCAAACGGUAUCGAUACCAUGUCGACCCGGUACGUGAUGGUGCAGAACGAGGUAUUCGCGACGCUGGCCGAGCGCGUCGGGGCGUGCGUGCUCCACCACCGGAAGGGGCAAGACAUGGGAGCGGAAACCCCGGGAAAUGGCAGUUAA